ACUGACACCGCUACAACGUGUUUUUAUCGCUGGCUGUCCAGACGGAAGGUGCUGAAACGCUUUGUCGCGUGUCUGGAAGAAGUGAAAACUUUCCUGGGCAGCAAAGGGCUCACCUUUCCUGAGCUGGAACAGCCAGAGUGGCUGGAAAAGCUACACUUCAUGGUAGACAUGACAGCGCACCUGAACACGCUGAACACAGCUCUUCAGGGGAAAGGACGUACAGCCCUGCACAUGUUGGAGGAUGUUUUGGCAUUCGAGCGCAAGUUGACAGUGCUUGCCAGAGAUUUACAGAAAGGCACUUUGUCUCACUUCCCCAAUUUGAGAGAGUUCAAACAAGGUCACGACAUGAUAAUUUCGGAGUAUUUACAUUCUGCAAUCAUCGCAAUGCAAACAUCGUUUGGGAAACGCUUCUGUGAGUUCAGAGAGGAAAAAAACACAUUAUCCUUCCCGGUCACUCCCUUAAGCAUCGAUCCUUCCCUACUGAAUACGACUGCAUUGGCAGGUGUGAGUCAACCUGAUCUUGAGAUGGAACUGGCCGACAUAGCCGACAAAGACAUAUGGGUGUCCAAGUUUAGACGCUUGACAGCAGACCUUGAAGAUGUUGCCCGUCAGAAGGCCGUUCUUGCUCAGAAACACAAAUGGAGUGAUAUUGAAAACCUCACAGAUGACAGCUUGCGAUCCUGUGUAAAGAUGAAGGUGACAUCAUACAGCCCUGAUGUGCAGACGCUGUGCGCUGAGGUCCAGGAGCAGAAAUCCCAUUAACCAAGAUGACAGCUGGCUGACGUUAUUUUUGGUUUGCUGCUGGCGGAAAAUUUAAGUUCGGCGUUUUUCAUAAAUACAAGAAGGACUCAAAUAGACAUUGAAUAUUUUACUUAAAAGUAACUUUCAACCCAACGUCUUUUUUUCGGAGUUCAAAAUGUUUUUGUUGCAUGCAGAAAUGUAAUUUCGUUUUCUCUGCAGGAGUUCAUCAAUUUCAUAAAUGCAACACAUUAUAGUUUGUUUAUACAUAGCAUAAAGGCAAAAAAAACGUUGUAUGCAGUGUUAUUUCAUUUUAAAUGUCAAACGGGUUUUGCGGCUCCCAGUGUUUUCUUUUCUGUGGGAAACGGGUCCAAGUGGCUCUUUCAGUGGUAAAGGUUGCUGACCCCUGAUCUAGGGCAACCA